AUGUUGUCAAGUCUCUGUUCGAAAGUACCGUUGACAACAUCAGGAAGCGAAUCUGACUACAAUUCUUCUUCUUCUUCCUCCUCCUCCUCUUCCACAUCAUCCACCAUCUCGCAUCUCUCAGUCACAGAUUCUGUGCCACUGGUGCUGCCACACACCGAGAAACCGCCUCCACAAAGCCGCCAUAGUGGAGGUGAGAAUUUGAGUCUCCUUGCCCACCUACGACGCCUGGUUUUGAGCUCAUCCACCUUUCAAUUUCAACGUCUUCAAGACGCGGAUGUGGAAGAGGACGCACACACUGUUGUGACGUACAUAUCGUUGGGCGCUUCCACACCGCUUCAGCAACGUCACACCGACACUAAUCCGAUCAGUGUCAAUGCGGACAGCAGUCAGGCGGUGUCACGACGUCAGAAAUCGCCGAAAAAACGACACGUCACUUGGAAAGACCUCGAAGCAGAAGCCUCGAUCGAGAAGGAGGUGCCAAACCGACACUCACUGUACCUUCCAUCAUUGGUGGAGAUGAAAAUGGAGGAGGAUAAAGUUCAUCGACGUCACAGCUAUACAGGAGAAAAUAGAGAGGAGGAUGGAAUUCCUUUUCCACCGCCUUUACAGCCACCGCCACCACCACCUCCACCACCACUACAGUCACAGCUGCCAGGAUAUGGCGAAGGUGGUAACUUUGAUGAGAGGAAAGCCCGCUACAAAUUACAAUUGCGCCACUUCAAGCGUCGACGUCGGUACAGCGAUUGGUUUUUCACUCUCUACGAAUUUGACAAACCCACAAACCCUGAGGAGUCCUUAGCACUGGACAGCCACCUCUUCGAGACCAUACUGUCUCGUCUGCAUGGCAUCUACGCCCUAUCACUAAACAGUGUAUUUGAUCCCAACAGCAAUCAAAAACCCGCCCGCCUUCGCUUCGAGCGGCUUUCCAAACUCCCCACUGCCAGACGUCACCAACAGCGUCAACAUCGACGCCGACAAUGUGAUAGUCGCUUUGAGGACAGCUCCUCCUCCAGUUGCGUCUCCUGCAUCUCCUUCAGCAUGUUCGACAGCACUUCGCCUCACAAUCCAGGCCAGCUUUUCUGUCCUGAUCGCAAUGUGGGUUGUAGCGGACCAGGGCGUUCCUUCUACUGCCACGAGUGUGGGCGCAAUAUGACAGGCGGCUCUAGUUUAGUCAGUGUUGCGGGAAGUGCAGACUCGGGUCAGCGACCCGAGGUUUGCUACUCCAUGACUCGAUCGGUCGAGUUCUAUCGAUUCACCAGGACUAUCAAGUGGCAAAAGCUUAAUAGAAAUCAACCAUCAGAGCGCAGACGUCGUCAUCGCGCCUCACCCAAUCAGCACCAAUCAACACCUCAGUUAACCCGAGAGCGGGUGUGUCGGGCGCCCAAACGCUCCCGUCGUCGCUCAAUUGCUCACCGGCACCCUCGGGAGGCCGUCUCAGUGCCGCCAACGCAGUCUAAAGCACAGCCAACAGCGGCACAAUCACACCAACCGCGGUGGAGCUCGGCGCAGGAGAAGCGCAAAAAGGUGCGGCGGGUGAUACAUAAAAGAAUGAGUCAGCAACGCGUUGCUGAUUGGCUGGUUGCUACUCAUGGAGGUCAAGCCGGUAGCUGCACUACUCCGCUCAUUGUCUUCUAG